ACUUUUCAUCACAUGGUUCUGUUUGGAACAUUAUAAAAGUGACAACUGGACUUGAAAAUCCGCAUUGUUGGCGAGAGGGCUUCUUGCUUACAUAUUAACUUCAUCAUGGAAGUUUCUACAAAUUCUUCGUUUCAAGCUAAAAAAUACGAUAUCCUGGAUAUUCUUAGGACCUUAACCGAGGGAAUCAUCAUUCGAAGGUGGAGCAUAGCAGGGGCCCUAUUAAUUCUACUUUGCAGUUUUUACUGCGGUUGGGCAUGUAAGAAUCACCCAUAUUUCCAGGACGCCGGCCCUCUUGUCAAGACCAAUACUGGAUCUGUUAUCGGAACGUAUGUCAAGGUGUUUGAUACUGAUGUUGCAGCUUUUCUAGGUAUCCCGUACGCCAAACCCCCGACUGGACGGAAAAGAUUCCAAAAACCUGAACCCAUAGAGCCUUGGGAGGGAAAAUUGUUUGCCAACAAGAAACCACGUCCCUGCAUGCAAUAUUCAAGUAAAAAUUACAGUUUUAUUGCAACCACCAAACCUAGUGAAGAUUGUCUCUACCUCAACGUGUGGACCCCAAAAGAGCGAUGUUGUGAUGCAAAAGAACUCCUUCCUGUUCUCGUAUGGAUCCAUGGCGGAGCAUUCGUCUUUGGAUCAACCGAUAUAGAACUCUAUGACGGCAGUAUAAUAGCUACGUACGGUAACGUUGUUCUGGUUUCCAUGAAUUAUAGACUCGGAGCCUUUGGGUUUUUGAAUUUUGGCACCAAAGAUGCACCAGGAAAUAUGGGGCUACAUGAUCAAAGAUUAGCACUGAAAUGGAUAAAGGAAAAUAUCCACUUUUUUGGAGGCGACGCAAAAAAAACUACAAUUUUUGGUGAAAGUGCUGGGGCUAUGUCAGCAAGUGCUCAUAUGAUAUCACCUCUAUCUAGAAAUCUGUUUAACAGAGUCAUCCUCCAAAGUGGGGCAGCAUAUCAUCCCAACCUCAUUGAACCACCGACCCUUUCAAAAAUGAAAUCAAAAAUGCUCGCUCAGAUGGCUAAUUGUACGAAUGGCAGUGAUGAAGUAGAUUCGUUUCUUUUGACAGCCUGUCUAAGGAAACUGGAGGCCAUGACAUUAGCUCAAAUUGAAGACGGGAUCACUUCAAAAAGUGUUAUGUUCUUCGCGCCGUCUUACGACAAUGAAUUUCUGCCUGUAUCACCUAUCGAGGCAUACGAGUCAGGUGAUAUUGCGCUUGUGAACGUGUUGAUGGGAGUCAAUCGGGAUGAGGGUUCCUUAUUUUUGAACUUCAUGCUGCCUGAUAUAUUUCCCAGCGAUAAAACUCCGAAAAUUACAAAGACUCAUCUUAGGCCUAUACUGUCAGGACUUUUCCAGUUGCUGCCUGAACAAACGGUAAACAAAAUAAUGAACUUCUACUUUCAAAGCUUGAGUGAGGAGGAUACUGAAGGCAUCAUCAAAGCUCUGUCAGACUCCUUCGGGGAUUACAUCUUCAACUGCCCCUCAAUGUAUCUGGCUGAGAAACUGAAGAAUGUUUACCUCUAUUACCUUACACAUCGUUCUUCUAAAGACACCAGUGCUGAGUGGUUGGGUGUGCCACAUUUUUAUGACGUACAGUUUGUAUUUGGGAAGCCCAUCGUGGAUCUCAAAUUAUACACACCAGAAGACGCGCGCUUCAGUGGAGACUUGAUAAGGAAAUGGGUCUCUUUUGCAGAAAAUGGGUAUCCCAUCGACGAAAACCAGUGGCCAAAAUUUUCUUCAACCAACCUUACUACCUACGAGUUGAAUCCGAGGUCCAGCCAGCAAAUCAAGUAUCCUCAUAAAGAAGCUUGCGAGUUCUGGAGGGAAUUUAUUCAGGAAUCUUGAAAAAAAAAUCUUUUUUUUUUCAACAGACACCAAAUAAUUGAAAAGUGAUAACAGCAAAUCAUUUUUAAUAGCACUGAAAAAAGAAAGAGAAAAAGGGAGAGUGGGAGAGAAAAAAGUUUUUAUAACCACCUUGCAUUUUCGCUGUGUCCCCCAUAUGAAAACUUCUUCAACAAAAUCAAUAUUUCGUUUUAAAUGAAUUUCUUUCAUCGUCUCUAUUCUUUAUUGGCUAUCUUUUUAUUCUCUAUCUCUAUCUUCUAUUAUUUAAACAAACAACUUUUUUCUCUUCAUAUUGUUUCGACAUUUCUUGUUAAUGCAUAUAUAUACUUGUGAAGGUCUUGAGUAAAUGAUGUGCACAAAUCUUUAUAAAACAUUUUCUUAGGACAUUUUCUAACAAAUUUCAGAGUAAGAACUUCAGAAUUGUGAUUUUAUUGUAAAAUGUGAAAUUUUAAGUUAGCAUUUGACAGAAAAAUGAGUUUUAGUUUCAAGUAUUGUGUGCUAGUCUGUAUCAUUCAUAGUAAUUGCUUCACUGCACGAAGUUUUAUACUUUUUAUUUGAUCAAGUUUCAUGUCGAAUUUCAUCUCAUUGUUUUACAUUAUAGUUUUUAAAUAGGCGCUUAUUGUAAAUAUUAAAAGAAAUGAAAUAAAGAUAAUAUAUAAUAUAAUUAUAAUUUAAGAAAUAAUGCACGUAUAAUUUAAGAAAUAAUGCAACUAAAAAAAUGACGCGUACAAAUUUUUAUUCUCUAUUUUCCGACACCAGCUUCAUUAUUUUCAUCGCUCUUCAUUUCUAGGAGGUCAGUCGCGGUUUCCUAUGUUGUGCGUUGCAGCUGAUUCGGGUGAUAAGCAAACACAAGUUUAAUUUUCAGAAAGCACAACUUAAUGGAGUCAUUUUUCACACACAAAAGAAGUGGCAUUCUGUUAUACAAAAGACGAUUUGAUUUUUUGCGAAGCUUUUAAUAUUUAAAAUUAUAUUACUUUAAUUUUAACCCUUUAUUUACCGAGGUACUUUUAAGUACCGUUUAUUAAGAUUGGUAUCUUCAUAAUUUUGAUUAUCUAUCUUCUAUGAUGGUAUUCAAAAAAAAAAACCACCAUGAAAGUAUCUCAGAUAGCAAGCAGUAAAUGUCAGUUAAAGGUAGAAAAAAAUCUUAAUUUAAUUAAUUAUAAAAGGUUUCGCCUUUUCUUGGCCUCAUACUACACUGAAACUUAAUUAAUACUGCAGAAAUAAACUUAAAAAAUUGAUAAAAUAAAUCUGUAAAUAAGGGGUUGACAAUUCCAACCAUUUGUCUCUGAAUCAUACUAUGUAAAACUUUCUUUCAAAUAUUUUUACAAAUCUCUCAAAUAUUCUGAUAUUUAGAUUUGCUCUUUUAGAUAUGAGCUUCACAUUUUUUAAGCAUGUUCUCGAGUCCACAACCAUGAAUAUCCAACUUGUAAUUAAUUAAAGGAUUUUUCAAAUGCUAGACUUGAAGAUUUUAUUAUAUAUUUUCCCUUUUUUAUGCUAUAUAAGUUCAAUAUGUUUUCAUUCAAAUUAUCUUGCAAAUAAAUUUCGAUUCGAAAUAUUUUGUGUCAUUAAUAAUGGGAAUAUGACAUGACAAUUAUUUAAAUGUCUUGUCGCUCACUUUAUUCAACAUAUGUUUGGAUCGAUCCUUGAUAGCGCGUAAUAUGCGAUAUAUAUGAACCAAUUUACUCUUCUUUUUUUUUCCUUGCACAAUGUUUUGCUCAAUUCAUUUAUUUCAUAUACUAUUUUCAGUGUAAUAAACAUCUAGUUGAUUGUGCCUUUUAAUUUUUCUUUAAUUAGAUGGGAAAAAAAGGAAUGAAAAUUUGAUGCAACCAGAUGUUGCAUUUCAUUGUAUCUUCCGAGAGAAUAUUCUUUAGAAAAUGAGCUUUGUGUGACUUUAGUGCAUUUUAUUUUUCUAAAAAAAAAAAAAAAUACUGUAUUAAGUUUCCCAAAGCAACUACAAAGGACCUUUGAUCAUAUUUUGAAUAUAACAGCUUUUUAAAUGUGUAAAUAUUACUGCUUUGUUUUGUGAUUCCUGAGCAUGGAAAAUAUAAUAUUUUGCAAAAUUCAAGGUAUGUAACAAAUAAAAUUUGACUGAAUAAAGCUUUAAAACACGA